CCUUUUGGGUGAGUUAUUUGGUACCACUGGUGUGGGAUAGGCUGAUUGGAAUUUGUUUUGCCCAUAAAUCUCACCUAGUCACCUGGAUAGACCGUUUGGGAUAAGUUUCCUCACCUAUUGAGAAAAAAACUUACCAUAAUAGUGUGAUGUGCAUACACUUUUUACAGGAGAGUGAUGGUGGUGGUGCAGCAGAAGCGGUGGAUCGAGCAAACGGAAUCAUUAGCAGCUCUUUAUUCUCUCUCCUGUCCAAAACACUAUUGUCUUCUUGUGUUCUUUGGGGAAUAAGCCAAAUAGACAAUUCAAAUAAUAUUAUUGAUGCUGCAAUGGAGGCAAGCCGUAGGCUCAACUCAAGAAAGGGAAGAGUGAAAUGGAUUAUUCCUAUGUCUCGAAUGCAAGUUGGGAGUUAUGAAUGUGGUUAUUAUGUGAUGUUGCAUAUGUUGAAUAUUGUUUUGGCGGUAAUUCUUGAAAUGUGAGAUGAGCGAUUCGCCAAUCCGGAACCAUUCUCAUCAGAAGAGCGAGAUUGAUGAAGUACGAACUUGUUGGACAUCAUAUGUCUUAGAAAUGACGCAAUCCAUCAACGAGACAUGAAGAACGUGUUUGUUUAAGUUUUUGAGUGAUGAUGAGACUUGUAACUUUAUACAAUGUGUUAUUACCCUAGACUUGUGCAAGGAUUGUUAUGCACUAAGUUGUUACUUGAACUUGUUUAACAUUUGUGGAAGAAUUGAAAAAUAGCUUGUGUUAUUGUUUUAGAUGGAUCAAGUGAACAGGUGAAAAAUUGUG